AACAUUAUUUUCUAUUUCCAGGUAUUGAGGCAUUUGUUACUGCCAUCAUAUGUGAAUGUGAUAUAGCAGUUUGAGAGCAUGAGAUUAGAAUAAACAAUAAGGAAAUGUAUAAUGGCAUUGGGUUACCCACCCCACGGGGCUCUGGCACAAAUGGUUAUGUGCAGCGGAACUUGGCACUUGUGAGAAAGGGGAAGGAAAAGAUUAAUUAUAAAACAGAGGAAGAAUUGGAAAAAUUGGAGUCUCAGCUUAACAAGCAGCCCAAUUUGGAAAUUCUUGAUCAUGAGAGAAAGCGACAGCUGGAGUUGAAGUGCUUGGAGCUUGAGGACAUAAUGGAAGAGCAAGGAUACUCUGAGGAGGAGAUAGAAGAGAGAGUUAGAGUCUACCGACAGAUGCUAAAACAGAGAGAAGACAAACAAUCUUUGAAAUCUUCCCAGUCCCAAAUACCUACAGAUGAAAUGGGACGACCCAGCCACAACACUCCUUGGGAGGAUCUGGCCCUGGAUGUCCUGGCAGGGAAUUUCAGGAAUAAGAAGAAAAAAAACAGGAAGUAUCACCUCCCUACAGAAUCACCUACAGCCCUACAGUAUCACCUCUGGAGGCUGCGGCCUUAUCGCUGGGUGUUCCACCCCGCACCCAGGCGCAUUGCCUUGUCCUUCACGUCCUCUGACAUCCCGGUUGUCUUCCAUUCUCGAGUCUUCCAAUCCAUGUUGCCUUACGAGCACCAAGGGAAGGGAGUUCGUGACGUCCUCGAGGCCAUCGCCGAGCAGAAUGCCCUUCUCCGUCGCCACCUCCUCCUUUACUCUGAUUAUCAUCCGGUCCCUUUUCAUCCGAUGGCUUUCCCCUUCCCUUUUCAACCUCUUCACCCCUCUUCGGCUCCGCGGAAACGGCGAAAAAAACGGCGGAAGAAACGUGGCGCUGCAGCGCAGGCCCUCCUCAUCCAGGAACAGACUUGUUCCGUUCGCUCUAUCAUCAGUGUGAAGGAGACACAUCAAAUGGCCGAGGCACAACAAGAGCGCAAUGCCAAGCUUCGAGCUGCAUUUGGGAUUGAACGCCCUAAUGAAGAUGUGCAGAGAGAACGAGAGAAACCAAAGCAGUACCAGUUGGUCAAGACCCCUUCACCAUCCCCCUCUCCCCCUCCUCCUCCUCCUCCUCCUCCUAAACAAGCACAGACCCAAGUGACACAGAAGGAAAUAAACUCCUCUCAAGCUGAGGAAGAGCAGCCAGUGAAAAUUCAAUUGGACAAGUCCUCCUGUGUUACUGAUGGAACCAACAAGGAAAAAUGUGAGAAAUUGAGUAAAGCAAAGAAAAGGAAGAAGGGAAAGAAACAAAAGGAGGAGAAUGCAUGCAGGAAGGAAGAGGAGGAGAAUGAUGAUAACAAUAAUAAGAGGAAGAAGAGGAAGAAAAAGAAGAGUCACAAAAGCAAGACAAAGAUUAGGAUGAAGAAGAAGGGAAAGCAACGUCACCGGAGCCCUAGCAUCACUUCCUCUAGUUCAUCUGACUCAGAUUCUGCAUCCUCAGACAGUGAGUCAGAUGAGGAGCAGAAGCGGUCCCAAAAGCGAAAGAGAAAGAGGACAGGCAAGAAAAAACAGAGACGUCAGUCAUCAAAUCACUCCCAUUUGGACUUUGGUUCUGAUUCAGAAUCUACUGAUUCCUCCAAUGAAGACCAUGGUAUCAAGAAGCCACGAUCCAAACACAAUCGAAAGCGCCUGAUGGCCCUGGCCAAUCCAACUGGAUGUUCAGACCAGGAGACAAAGGUCAAAGAUGGAGAGAAACGGCAAAAGAGUCGAGAUUCCAGCCUCAGCUACUCCCCUAUUCAAAAACAUCCUGAACGAUAUCAGGACAUCCUUGACAAAAAUCAAGAUCACGGUCAGAAAGUUGCCCUCAGUCAAGAUCAGUAUCUCCAACUGCAAAUCACUCCAGAUCCAAGAGCCCUGCUGUUCAAGGAUCAAGGGCAAGUUAUAGGAGUCCUGGAUCUAGUCGAUCGAGGUCCAGGAGUCCUGGAGCACAUAGAUCAAGGUCCAGGAGUUCCGAAGUGCAUCAUUCAAAGUCGAGGUCCAGGAGUUCUGGAGCACAUCGAUCAAGGUCAAGGUCCAGGGGUCCUAGAGUGCGUCAAUCAAGAUCAAGGUCCAGUAGCCGCCGAGUACCUCGGUCAAGGUCAAGGUCAAGGUCGAGGAAAAGCCGGAAGCGGCACCAUUCUCGCAGUCAAAGCUCAAGUCGCUCCACCCGUCGGCGGCGUCACUCACGCUCUUCUCCAAGGUCACGCUCGCAGUCACGCUCGCGGUCACGGUCACGAUCGCGGUCACCCUCUCGGAGAAGAAGAAGCCGGAGCAGGUCCAUUUCUGGCCUUGGAUAUCGAUCCAGUCGGGUUGAAGCAUGGUUUUCUGACCUCUAACAAAUGGGGCUGGGAAUGUGUGGUGUGCAUGCAGGAGCAGCAGUGGAUCACGAUCUUCACGAAGCAGAUCUCAUUCCUCCCAUUCGUUCACGUCUGCUUCGUCUCGCUCCCGUUCUUUCUCCCGAUCCCGUUCUCCGUCGAUCCCGAUCCGGAGGGGAUCUCCGUCUUUUCUGGAGAAGCGACGCAUUACCAGCGCUCGGAAGAGGCCGAUCCCGUACCACCGACCCACACCUUCGCCGCCGUCGUCUCCACCGAGUCCGUGGCGUCCUUCCAGGUCCGCCUCUCCCUCUCCACACCGAUUCUAACGGACCGACGCACUGCAUUCCCUAACUCAUCAACUCCAUCACCUCCAUCUCCAUCUCCAUCUCCAUCUCCAUCACCUCCAUCUCCAUCUCCAUCUCCAUCUCCAUCUCCAUCUUCAUCUUUAUCUUCAUCUCUUUCUCGCAAUACGUUCCCUGCUCAACCCUUCGUCGAUGUGUACGCGUAG